GGUUCCGUGGCCAAUCAGAGUGCGGCUUAAUCCGGGUGUCAAUUGAUGGUCAUCCCGAAUUUCUCCAACCACAACAGCUCGACAGCGACCUCGUCACAACCCUCCUCCUCGCCAUAACUUUUUAGAUCUCCCUCCUCACAAUGAUCUCGCGUUCGGCGAUUGGACAGACUGCGCAGCGUGUCGCUCGUCGGCAAUGCUGCGCUCAACCGGCAACCCGCCGCGGCUUCGCUGCUGCCACCGGCUCGACUUCUUUCAGCUACGAGAACGCCGAUGUCAAUGGCAUCAAGGUGGCCAGCAGAGACGUUGCUGGACACACUACGAAGCUCGCCGUGGUCGCUAAGGCUGGAACCAGAUACGAGCUGCUCCCAGGACUUACCACCGCUCUGGAACAAUUUGCCUUCAAGAACACCCAAAGACGAUCCGCGCUACGUCUUACCAGAGAAUCCGAGCUCUUGGGAGGCCAAUUGGUUGCCUACCACACCCGCGAAGCCCUGGUCCUCGAAGCCAACUUCCUCCGCGCUGAUCUCCCAUUCUUCACUGAAUUGCUCAGCGAGGUUAUCUCCCAGACCAAGUUCACGCCACAUGAAUUCCUCGAGGAGGUCAACCCAGCGAUCCACCUCCAGCAGAAGAGGGCAUAUGCCAACACAGCUCAAAUCGCUUCCGAUGCGGCCCAUGGUGUUGCGUUCCACCGCGGACUUGGAGCACCCCUCCAGCCAGCUCUCAACACUCCUCUCGCUAGCUACCUGAACGAGGAGUCCGUCAGGGAGUUCGCAUCAUCUGCUUACACCAAGCAAAACAUCUCGGUUGUCGCCAACGGUGCCAACCAGGCUGAGUUGGGCAAGUGGGUUGGUGAGUUCUUCGGCGAUGUCUCCACCAAGGGAAGCCACGAGCUCCCAUCCAAGGCAUCCAAGUACUACGGUGGUGAGGAGCGUAUUGCUCACUCCAGCGCCCAGAACGCAUUCGUCAUUGCGUUCCCAGGAUCAAGCUCGUUCACUGCCGGAUCCUCAUACAAGCCAGAGAUUGCCGUUCUUGCGGCUCUCCUCGGUGGAAAGUCGACCAUCAAGUACUCCCCAGGCUUCUCUCUCCUCGCCAAGGCCGCAGCUGCCGCUCCUGGUGCUAACAUCUCCACCACCCACGCUGCCUACUCUGAUGCCGGCCUUCUGACCAUCAACUUCUCUGGCCCAGCCCUGUCUGUCAACAGCGCUGCCACCGAGGCUGUUAAGUCGCUGAAGAGCAUUGCCGACGGCUCCAUCAACAAGGAGGAGUUCACCAAGGCCGUUGCGCUUGCCAAGUACAGAUCUCUUGAGGAGGGCCAAAACAUCGAGUCUGGCCUCGUUGCUACCGGUUCCGGUCUUAUCCAGGGCGGACAGCCAUUCCAGAUUGACCAGGUUACCAAGUCGAUUGAGGGUGUGAGCCAAGAAAGCCUGAAGACUGCUGCCAAGGCACUUCUCGCGGGUAAGGCUAGUGUUGCUGCUGUUGGAGAUCUUCGCGUUCUGCCGUUCGCUGAGGAGCUUGGUCUGUUGGUUUAAGGGGGCUGUUAGAUGCAUUGGAGUAGUUGAUUUACGAACCCUGUACAAACAGAUUUCAGAGGGUAUUGUAGAACACAAAAUACAAUUUUGAACAUAGAAAUAUCUCUAAACUUUUCUUUAUCUAAGAUCGUAGCAAUUUCACAAUUACGCA